GAGCGCGCGGCGGCAGCGGCGGCAGCAGCGGCGGGGCCGCCGGCGCCGCACGCCUGACGGGAUCCCCCAGCCCGGCCCCUUCCCCGCGCCCCGGCCCUGCUGCGGAGCCGGCGCUCGGCGGCAGCGUCCCCGCUCCCCUCCUCACGGGCCCGUCGCGACCCCGCCGGCCUCGGUGCCUCCUGUCAGCCUCUCCGCCGUGCCCCGGCGCGGGCAGGCCCCGGGCCCCUUCCCCCCCUCCUCCGGGGGGGGUGGGCUCCUCUCCGGAAACCUGGCCGCUCCCUCCGCGCCGCCUGCCCAGCCGGGCCCGCGCCCGUGGCUGCCGGGCAGUGCGGGGGGUGCUGCCCGGCCUCCGCCGUGACACAGGAAAUAAAAUAAUGCUGAUGAAGCUACCAUUUCCCUGAAUUUCAAGUUCUCAGGCUCACUGCCAUUAUGGAUGAGCAGCAAGCUUUGAAUUCAAUCAUGCAGGAUUUGGCUGUGCUUCACAAGGCCAGUCGUCCUGUAUUGCCUCAGCAAGAAACAGGAAAACCAAAGUCAUCUUCGCCUAAAAAACAGAAUGAUGUUAGAGUCAAAUUUGAACACCGAGGUGAAAAAAGGAUUCUGCAGUUACCAAGGCCUGUUAAACUUGAAGAUCUUGCAGCUAAAGCUAAAGUUGCUUUUGGACAGACUAUGGAUUUACAUUACAGCAAUAAUGAGCUUGUCAUUCCAUUAACCACACAGGAUGACCUGGACAAAGCUAUUGAAUUGCUCGACCGCAGUGUGCAUAUGAAGAGCCUCAAGAUAUUGCUUGUAAUACAUGGAAAUACACAGUCACUUAGUGUAAAUAACGUGGAACCCUUGCCCUCGCUGGAAGAUUUAGACAAUACAGUAUUUGGUGUGACAGACAGAAAGAGGCGACUAUCUGUAAUAGGUUCUAAUACUCGUGAUAGGAGUUCACCUCCCCCAGGAUACAUUCCAGAUGAGCUGCAUCAGGUGGCCCGAAAUGGGUCCUUCACUAGUAUCAACAGUGAGGGUGAAUUCAUUCCAGAAAGUAUGGAUCAGAUGCUGGAUCCAUUGUCUUUGAGUAGUCCUGAAAACUCUGGCUCAGGAAGCUGUCCAUCACUUGACAGCCCUUUAGAUGGAGACAACUAUCCUAAAUCUCGGAUGCCAAGAGCACAGAGUUAUCCAGAUAAUCAUCAGGAAUUCUCAGUAGAGUAUGAUAUCCCAAUAUUUGAGAAAAUGGGAAAGGGGGGCACUUACCCCCGAAGAUACCAUAUUUCAUAUCAUCAACAAGACUACAAUGACGGUCGUAAAACUUUUCCAAGAGCCAGAAGGACUCAGGGGAACAGCUUCCGAUCGCCUGUUAGUUUCAGUCCCACCGAUCACUCGCUGAGCACCAGUAGUGGAAGCAGCGUCUUUACACCGGAAUACGAAGAUAACCGAAUGAGGAGGAGGGGCAGUGACAUAGACAAUCCCACCUUGUCAGUCAUGGACAUCAGCCCGCCAAGUCGCUCACCACGAGCUCCAACUAACUGGAGACUUGGUAAACUGCUGGGUCAAGGUGCAUUUGGCCGCGUAUAUCUGUGUUACGACGCUGAUACCGGAAGAGAACUGGCUGUUAAACAAGUUCAGUUUGAUCCUGAUAGUCCAGAAACCAGCAAGGAAGUGAAUGCACUUGAAUGUGAGAUUCAGUUGCUGAAAAAUCUACUGCAUGAAAGAAUUGUUCAGUAUUAUGGCUUCUUGAGAGAUCCACCAGAAAGAACACUCUCUAUAUUCAUGGAAUAUAUGCCUGGGGGUUCCAUCAAAGACCAACUAAAGUCAUAUGGAGCACUCACAGAGAAUGUGACUCGAAAAUACACACGGCAGAUUUUAGAAGGAGUUCACUAUUUGCACAGCAAUAUGAUUGUCCAUCGAGAUAUUAAAGGGGCAAAUAUUCUGCGAGAUUCAGCAGGCAACGUGAAGCUCGGGGACUUUGGUGCCAGCAAACGGCUGCAGACUAUCUGUCUCUCUGGUACAGGAAUGAAGUCUGUCACAGGAACUCCAUACUGGAUGAGUCCAGAAGUUAUUAGUGGAGAAGGGUAUGGCAGAAAAGCAGAUAUCUGGAGCGUAGGUUGUACAGUGGUAGAAAUGCUCACAGAGAAGCCCCCGUGGGCAGAGUUCGAAGCAAUGGCUGCCAUCUUUAAAAUUGCCACUCAGCCAACCAGCCCCCAGCUACCACCUCAUGUGUCCGACCAUGCUCGGGAUUUCUUGAAACGGAUUUUUAUCGAGGCCAAGCUGCGACCAUUUGCAGAUGAACUGCUAAGACACACGUUUGCACACUAUCACUAACAGCCUGCCUCAACUCAGCUUGCAUCUACUGCAUUUAUUUUCUAUUUGACUGCACUUUUAUUUUUAUUUUUUACAAAAAAAAAGGAGAAAAAAGACAAGAGAGAGAAUAUUCUCUUGAAUCUUUGUUUCACUUAGAUUGUAAACAAUAUAAAUUUUGUAUCUAAAUGAGAAUCUUCUCUCCCCUGCUCCUACCAGGACUAGAACUUUUUGUUUAUAUAAUGUACUGAUGUGGUUCCUGUAGAUAAAGCACUUUAGUACAUAUUUGUUCCUUAUUUAAAGGAGGGAAAAAAAAAAAGACAAAUGCUUGGACAGUCAGGAACUGUGUGACUUUUUCUGACACCGCUGACUGACUCAGGGUGCAGGGAAAAAUAGACAUGCAGCUAAAGGACAGGAAGGUUACUUCUCUGUGAUUCUUCUUUAUAUUAUAGGCACUUGCAGCAGAGAGUUCUAAGUUCUUACUAUAGUUUAGCAUUUUAAUAAAUGUCUGGAUUUUACAGUUUAAUCUGGAAUGUGCGGUUCUGAAAGUUAAAAGUAAAGCUGGAAGAACUUGGAACUCUUUGUACAGCAGCGUGUCUAACCGGUACUUCUUUGUGACCAAAAGAAAAUAAUGAAAAAGAGCUCAACACUGAUGGUACUAGUUAGAUGAUUUUGUGUAGAACUAUUGUAUUAUCUUAGUAGGAAAAUAAUGACAGGUAAACGGAUUAUGGACCCAGACUCCUAGGAACUCCUAUACUGCAAGGGAAAAAUUUCUGUAAUAGACUUAAAGAGUCAGCUGUUGGAUGUAAAUAAUUAGGAGAAUGCCUCCUGCUGUAUCUGCCAAAGACAACCUCUGCUGCAUGAGCUUGGAGGGAAGAUGGUUAUCCCAGAUGAGAAAAAAUAAUGAUGAUGAGAGUAAUUUCUCCUCCACAAUCCCAUUAAUAGCUGGGACGGGAAGGGGAGUGACUAAUCCUUGUGCAGUAUCUGAGUUAAUUCAGAAUGAGCUAUAAGAAAUCAAUAAUGUUUUCAAAGCUGUCGAGAGGUGCUAGGAUGGAAUGUAUGUCAACAUCAAGUGCCUGAAUAAUAUAAAAAUCUUCCCAUUAUGCACUAAAAAACCUGUUUUCGUAACACAGGUCAGUCAUCUAGGAUGUGUUGAAAAUUCCUGAAAUGAAGUUAAGCAUCUUCUAACACUAGGAAUAAGUCACUGAGAAAGACAGGACUCCAGUUGUAUUUUUAGGAAACUAGUAAUGAUGAAUCCACAUAAACAAGGAGGCACAGCACAAAAUAUGAUGGUAUCAAGAAUAGGCCAAAAGUGCAGAGAGAGCCAGCAGUUAAAUAAAUUGAGUGUCAUUACUCCAGCCUGAUAAUCCAGAUGAUUGGUGUUUGUCAGUUUUCCAAUAGUCAUAAAACCAUACAUUAAUCAAUUUUAAACUUCUGAAAGAGUAUAAUAAAAGAACAAAAGUAAUACUUUGAAACACUGCUUCUCAAUCGAGAAGUCCAGCUACUGAUCACGUGUAGUGCAUAACUGACUUUUCACAACAGAAGAGUCAAACUCAUUUUUGUAGAAGAACACAACAUAAAUAAUUUAAAAGGGCAUUUUGAAAUAAACUAUUGGACUACACAACUGAAAUAAUGCAUACUGUUUUGGAUGAUUCAUUGCAUGCUUUAGUUGUUUUGUAAAGGCAGAGUGGGCUGGUCCUGCGAACUUGUCCACUCUGAUAAGGCUCCACCUGUUUUGCAUCCUUAGGGGACUAUCAGAAUUAUGAAGUGCAUGGAGACAGAAAAAUGAACUUAUCCAUUCCCAUGGCAGUUCACUCAUGAGAUUUCUGAACUUAUUCUGCUAACUUCCAAAUUUUGCACCACAUCGUAAGCAGGAGUAUGGAUCUAUCUUAAUCAUUUUACCUGUAGUGGAGUAGGAGUGAUUUUUUUUGAGGCCAUCUCUCCUGUGACUGAGAGUGGUGGCUUCUUUGGUUUAGGUGAAUAUUUUACCCAGUUUAUCAUUUUCACAGUCAGGGUACACAACUGUGCAAAGUUUUCUGAGCAUGGAAAGAGCUAGCUAGACCAGAGAAGUUGAGAAGGCUGAAAGGAAAGUCAGUUUGUACUGACUUUUUUUUUUUUUGCUUUUGCUUCUCUGUCAUUAGAUAAAAGCUGUGAAAGCAGCCUUUAGGAAGAAUUGUAUCUACUCUGCUGUAAAGGACCUUUGCUUUCUAAGCAAUGUUUAGUGACAGCAGGGAUGGGAAGCUUAAUGUAGAGCCUAAUAGUUUUUGUAGGUAAUUUAAAGAUCAUAUAAUUGAAAUUACUGAUUUCAAACAGAUUAGGAAGGUACCAAAACCAAGGUGAAAAUUGUAUAUAAAAAUCAGUAGUGGACAGUGGUAUCUGAAAAGGUAAGAAAUGUUAUAUUACCAAAAAAAGGACAUUAAAGGGAAAAUUUAACCAGGUUUAUCUUGUAGCAUUUGUAACAUUUAAAUAUACUAUUCUAAAAAGAAACUGCACUCUCUGAAGCUUGAAAAUUUCAGAAUCUAAUUUUCUUUUAAUGUGUCCUUAUUGUGAGACAGUGCUGGCUCAUGUAUAUUGCAAUAUCACUUCCUCAUUGUGAUUUUUAAUAACUGAAUAAUCAUGUUUGCUGCUUUUGUGCCUUUUCUUAAAAAAUGGCAUUCAGUCAUGACAACGGUAAGCGUUUUGGAGCCAGGAAAACAAGAAUUUGCAGAAGGAAUUUUCCUUAUUUUUUUUAACAUAUCAGAAAGCUGCCAACAUAAAGAUGGUGCUUCUUAAAUGAAGAUGGCAUUUGCCAGUUCCAGCGAUGCCAGUAAAAAUAUAUUAAUUUAACUAAGAUUAGGCUUGAACUGUUUCCUUUUUUCCACCCUGAGAAUUUGUCUACUGACUUAAGCAAUGUACAGUAAAUGAGAUGGUUAUUUACAUAGGGUUUUUUGAGCUAGAAGUAAUUGUGAAGCUAAAUCAGACUUCUCCCAAAAGAUUAGCUAAUGUUUGUCCCCUCUUGGGGUAAGAUAGUAAACCAAGCUGCAUUAAAUAACACAGUACCUCUGUACACAAUGCCUGUAAAACCCUUCUUGACUCCUGGUGUGAUAAUGAACAAACCCCUGUUCUAGAUUUGAGAGGGUGCAUAGAAUUGCAUGCUUAAACCAUUGGACAAGGGUUGCAGAGCCAAGAUCCCUGCUCACAACUUCUAGUAUCUUACAAAGAUACCAGCAUUUUAGAAUCAUUGAUUAUUCUUAAUUGUUGAAUACAAUUACUAGAAUACGCCAACGAAAACAAUACUGUUUCAGGGUAGCCUUGCUUUUCUGUAAAUUAUGUGCUCUCAAAAAAUAAGGAUCACGGUUCACAGUGAGUAUGCAUAUUUCCAAAGGACUUAUCUACCAAUUAAUUUUAUUAUUCUGUUUGUUGCAUGUAUUAAGUAACAAAAGUUAAGCUACUUCUGUAUUAUGGUUUUGAUGGUGUAACUAAGAGUCCUGUUUGAGACUGAAAGUUUCAGUCAUGUUAGAGCAAGUUUGUUGUUUAUAAUUUGGGUGAUAAAAAUACCCAUGCAAGGACUUGAAAAAAUAUGGCUCUAAUAGCUGCAAAGUUCAAUCGACACAGACUUUUUUCUUGAUGGCUUAAAUACAGUCUUAAAAUCUUAAUGUGAUUUGCAAUUUUAUUUGUAGCUAAUUAGUCCUUUCAGUAUAACAAUUUGGAAAGUUACUUUUUUUUUAGCUAGUGCCUUUUUAAUGGUAUGCCUUAAUUUUGUUCAUAUUUGAAAACCACAUUGAAAUAUGUCAUGCAAUUCCAUGUCACCAAAACAGUCAUAGAGUGUGGGUUUUUUCCAAGUGCCCAAACUAGAAUUCCCCUAACUGCAUGGAAAAGUGUUUGUUGCAGACAUUUCAAUGGAGAAUUCUAAGAAGUUAUUAUGGAAGCACUUCCUGUAAUCUUCCUGAAUUAAUACAGGGUUUGUAUUUGUGUUUGGGAACCUGCAUGCUGAGGCACAUGGCAGAAACAAUACUUUUCUGCACUCACAGAAAUACUGUUAGAGUCAAGGUUUAGCUUCCCGGCUCUGGAUUCUGGGUUUGCUGCAGAGAGUGCAGCCAGGCUCUGAAGGGACUUGAAAUUACUGACGGUACAGUUGUGAAUCUGGUACUGCUAUUAAAAGCUGUUUACUUUUGGUACACAGGAAUACGAUGUGUCUAAGGAAAUCAGCACAUUUCUUCGUGUAGCUAGCAUUGUGCCCACGAAAUUCUUUCCUGUGCCUUUUGGAUAAUCCUAAUCCUGCUGUUGUCUUGACUGAAAGCCUUGUAGCACCUGUAGGUACAGCGCAGUACAGCAAGCCAUUCUUUGGGACAACAUAGAGCAAUGUCUUAACUGCAGCUUCAGAGACCUGAGCAAACUGGUCAGAUCUACAGUUAUUUGUAAUCAAUUUCUUACUUUUUAAUCUUGGAAGUCUUUUAUCAUGUGUAUAGAAAAGCAUAAUGUGUGUGCUUGAAUGUAAGUCCCUCUGGUGUUCCUGGAAAAGCAGAAGUAUUAACUGCCAGAGUCAUUUCUUUCUGCUGGUAACUUGCUGUCUUGUGUUAAUGACAAGUCUGCAGUGUAAAAUCACAUAAAAUUACCAAAGCUUUUCUAUCAGCCAAAAGUGAGGUUUCAUGGAUUAGUACUGUUACUUUUAUAUCUGUCAGUAAGCUAUUGCUAACUGAGUAAAGCAGGUACUAGUAAAAAGUUAUAAACACUGCCCAUAUUUAAGAGAUUUGGGUGUUCAUAGUUGCUGUUUUGAUGUGUGAAAUCCAUGCCAGCUUUAAAAUUAAGAGUUUGCUUUUUAAAACUCUUAAUCUUAUUCUUGUAAUUCUAAAAUUAAUGCAUCAGCUUGGUGACUAAACCUGGUGCCUUUUACAGCCAGGUUUGAGCUUUGGGACAUUUAAGGAACACUAUGAAGAUAAGUAGAUUUGUGACUGAACUGCUCAGUGUGUCAUAGUCAGAACAUUUCACAGCUGCUGGGAAGCAGUCUGCGUGAUGUGACAGCAGAUGUCACCUGCAGUUACCCGGAGAGUUGAUGCUGCUUUUGGGAGGAGCCACAAAUGCACACCAGAGGGGGGGUCAGACAGAAUUGCUACGAGCCUAGGGGUUUCUGAAUCAAAAUUCUUGGAUCAGAAACAAAGGAGCUCCUUUAUCUCUUUAUUUCCCCCACUUGGCCUGCACUGUUUAUUUUUCUUUCUAGUUGUCAUAAUUUUAAAUACUGUAUAGGUUUAUGAUGUCAGCCACUGACAGCUCCUGAGUUAGGGGCAAGUUCAUGUACAGCUUUACCCCAAGGCCCCAUCACUCACACCCAGGACACUGCAGGUUCCCGUGGCUGUGGGCGAUGAGCAAGCAGGGCUGCCCCAAGGACCCUGCCCAGCUCCCCCUCCUGCCAGGGCUGGGGGUCCCCCCUGCCUGCUGGCACCGAGCCCCUCGGGCACCCACCUGCACCCCUGGGCCUUGCAAACCCCCCCCUCCAGGGCUUUCUCUAGCAAUAUGUACAGGUAGGUGUUUGAGGGGUAGGUGGGAUGGAGGAAAUGGAAUUUCUCCCGUUCAAAGCACCAGCCCUCGCAGUUACACUUUGGCUACGUCUCAGUUUUCAUAAACUUACUUGGAAGGGAGAGGAACUGGAUUAAAACACACAAAAAAUUAUACCUUAUGAUUCAGCCCUUGCAUUGAGUCCACCAAUGAGGACUGGAGGUCAGGGCCUCCUGUCAAGAGAGAAGGAAAAGGAUACUUGGCUCCAGAGUGGAUAUUUGAGGGAAAUAUUUCAAAGGUUUUUCCAUGUCUUUUACCCCAGAACUAGACCAUCCUUUUCCCCAGAGGUUAUACCAUGUGGAUUUAAACCCAUGGAUUGUGUUUUCUUUUCUGAACAGGCAUUAGUUUGUCAGUUCCCUAGGGUUUGUUUCUCAUUGAUACCAGGAUAAAAGGUGGUGUCAUCUUAAAUUGGAGGGGUUUAUUAACACACAGUGUCUGUCAUCUCAGACCUCACAGGAGUCGUAUAAUGGAAUAUCACUGUAAAUACAUGGAGGAGGUUUAGAUGAAUUGAAGCAUAGGCUUUUCGUUUUCAUGAAGCUAUGAAUAAAAAUUUGUAAAUUUACUCUUGAUCUAAUGUACAUUUUUAUGUAGCCAUUAAAUUCUCUAUUUAAUCUAUCAGUUUCUCACUGUAAAUGUUUUUACUCUCAGUUGAAUGCUGGGCACAGUUUGUAAUGUAUGUACACAAAGGUGUUUUUUUCUAUCAAUGUUGACUUUUUUGCACAUUUUUGGAAAUAUUUAAUUUGUACACUGAUUUAAUACUCUGACCAAUUGUUGAUGGGUGUAUGAGAAUCACGUGUGUGUGCAAUGUACUACUGUCUGGAUGUAUGGUUUUUUAUUACUUUUGAGAUGUUGCUAUCAGUAACUGCACUGCUGUUGCUGCUUUACAUGGAAUAUCUUGUGUAUAAAAAAAAAAAAAAAAGAUAAAAACGAUUUAAAAAUUAGCCUAUGGUUAUCUUGGUUGAGGAACUCAGGAGUUGAGCAUUGCUUACUAGUUCCCUUGGUAUAACAACCUUCCAAACUUUUAAAAAAAAACCAACCACCACCCCCAAACAAAACAAAUACAAAAUCCCUUGUAAUUCUGUGUAUACAUUGAAUGUGUGUGUAUGUAUAUAUAUCCCAGUAAUCUUAUUCCACAAUUUCAUUUCUACAUUUUUAUGAACUUGUUUUUUAAGGGUACUAUGUUUAGUUAGAAUGAUUAAAUAUAUAAAAGCUUUGAGAGAUGAUUUACUAGAUAAAUAUAUUUUCAGCUGGCUGAUGUUCAAAAUAUUUUUUUAAUUUUUGUUUUUAACCAUUCGAAAUGUAUUUGUAUUUCCAAAAUCAGACACGAAUUGUACUUAGAAAUAUAUUAAAACACUCCGUAGGGA